AUGGCAAAACCCGAUCAAACUACAGAUCCGGUUCGGGCCAACAAAAACCAGCCUCCAUUGUACAGAGGAGUCCGAAUGCGUAGCUGGGGCAAAUGGGUAUCAGAAAUACGACAACCAAGAAAAAAGUCACGUAUUUGGCUAGGCACAUUCUCUACGCCAGAAAUGGCUGCUAGAGCUCAUGACGUGGCGGCGUUAUCCAUCAAAGGAAACGCCGCUAUUCUCAACUUUCCUCAACUUAAAGACUUGUUGCCACGCCCGGCUUCUAUAUCUCCACGUGACGUACAAGCUGCGGCUGCUAAAGCGGCCAAAAUGCAAGAAUUUAGCAUGGAGCAAACUCGACCGUGUCGUCUUGAUGAACAUAAUAAGAAUGAUUCUAGCACUAGCAACUCGGAUGAGCUUGAUGAGAUCAUCGAGUUGCCGAGUUUAGAGGGGUGUUUGGAUCACUCACCCGGAUCGUUGAUGAUGAUUGACUCGAUUGAUGGAUGGAUGUACGGUUCUACGUGGAUGGUUGCUGAUGAUCAACAUCAUAUGGAUGGUUUCACUGGAGAUCGAUUAUGGUGAUCAAGUGGCCAAAGGGCCAGGUUUUUGAAGCCAGCUAAGCUAGCUUAUUAUAUAUAUUAAUAUUAAUUUGGGAUUGUUUUUUGAUUAAUUAGUUGGUUAGCUAGUGAUCAUAUACGGAGUAUAUCAUUAUGGCGCGCUGUAUUUGACAUGAAUUGACAUUACCUAUG